CAAAAAGGCAGCUCUCAUUUUGGUGUUCUUGCGCCGCAGUGCUGGGGCAAGCUCUGCACACAGUUCCAAGAAGGCGGCUUUGCAUAUGUGAAAGUUCUGUAGCCACUGCUCGUCAUCCCAGACCUGCACAACAAUACGAUCCCACCAGCAAGUGCUUGUUUCCCAAGCCCAAAAGCAACUGUUCACCAUGUGCAGUUGCUCCAUGAAUGCAAAAAAUAAUCUGGAAUUGUUUCAUUCCAUAGCACGCAGAAGGGCAGGCACCAUGGAUUCCUGUUCAGAUUCAAAGCUCAUGAGAUACUGCAUGAUCAGCCGUGUUGUGUUCAUAACACUGACCACAAGAGUAGAGAACAGCGCAGGAUCCAUGCUUUCAGGCACAGAUGGCAGAUUUCUGGUACGAAGAAGUUUCACACUUAGAAUUGUCAUCUCUGCUAACAAAGACAAGUCAAGUGACUUCUUACUGUGAGAACAACACAAACCCAAACCCAAAAUUGCUUGUGGAGUCAGGUGGGCUUCGUCUGCCUGGAGGAUUCACAAAUGCAGGCUCCAGUGGACCAAGGCAGGCAGUGAGGUGUAAUGUAGAGGACUGCAAAUGGAGAAUACCCUGCCCGCAGCUCUCUCUGAUCUGCAGCAAGAGAGUUUCAGCUUGAGCACGUCACCUGAUCACAACUGGAGUAAUGCGGCAGAGAGAAGAUGCAGUGUGUCAAUCUGCUGAAUGCAGAAUACACCUUUCCAAUUUGAAUGAUGACUUCUUGAUCACUAAAGGCAGUAUUUUAACAAAACCCUUACAAAAUAAAUCAGCAUGCAUCUGUAGAGUGAAGCUAUCUUUCCAGAAAAAAAGUUAUUUAAAUAAGCAUCUGAACUGCACACCACAUGCACAGAUUAGGAAAAGAAGAUUUUCUAUUCUCAAUCUGCACAGCAAGAAUGUACUGGAAAAAACAGUAGAAAGCAACAAUGAAAUAAAGGAUUGUUAUCUAGUGAAUUAUCUUCUCAUCCUCACACAAUCCAGCUCAAGCAGUACCUGCAGGUUUGUCAGCUUCUUCCAUUCACAAGUUGAGAUAUUCAUUUCCUGGCCUGGAGUAAUGCAACAUAGUAUUUGUACACCUCAUAGCCUUUGAGGUAUUAAUAUGACAACCAGCAGCCACACGUGUCCAGUACCAACAGUGAAUGGACAUAUGAAUCACUAUCCAACAGCCCCAUAUCCAUUACUUUUUCCUCCAGUCAUUGGUGGACUUUCACUUCCUUCCCUUCAUGGACUCCAGGGUAACCCACCAACAAGUGGAUGCAGCACCCCAUCACCUGCAAUGAGAACAGGCUGCUUAGGAAAAGAGAAAUCUAAGACCAGCACUCAAGCCAUUGAAACUCAGAGUACCAGUUCUGAAGAACUUGUCCCAAGCCCACCUUCUCCACUUCCUCCUCCUCGUGUUUACAAGCCCUGUUUUGUCUGUCAGGACAAGUCAUCUGGAUAUCAUUAUGGCGUCAGUGCCUGUGAGGGAUGUAAGGGGUUUUUCCGCAGAAGUAUUCAGAAGAACAUGGUUUACACGUGUCACAGAGAUAAAAACUGUGUUAUUAAUAAAGUCACUAGAAAUCGCUGCCAGUACUGCAGACUACAGAAGUGCUUUGAAGUGGGAAUGUCCAAAGAAUGGAUCAGCAAGUGGGAGCUGCGAUCGGCCGAACCUGCAGACGCUGCAGCUGUCAGAAAUGACAGGAACAAAAAGAAGAAAGAGCCUUCAAAGCAAGAGUUUACUGAAAACUAUGAAAUGACUGCAGAGUUGGAUGAUCUCACUGAGAAAAUUCGAAAAGCUCACCAGGAAACCUUCCCCUCUCUCUGCCAGCUGGGGAAAUACACUACGAACUCUAGCGCAGACCAUCGGGUUCGACUGGACCUUGGGCUUUGGGACAAAUUCAGUGAACUUGCUACAAAGUGCAUUAUUAAAAUAGUGGAAUUUGCAAAACGAUUGCCUGGCUUUACAAGUUUGACCAUUGCAGACCAGAUCACUCUGCUUAAAGCAGCCUGCCUGGACAUCUUGAUCCUUAGAAUUUGCACAAGAUACACACCAGAGCAAGACACUAUGACAUUUUCAGAUGGCCUUACCCUAAACCGAACUCAGAUGCACAAUGCUGGAUUUGGUCCGCUAACUGACCUUGUGUUCACAUUUGCCAACCAACUCCUGCCUUUGGAAAUGGAUGACACAGAAACGGGCCUACUUAGUGCCAUCUGCUUAAUUUGUGGAGACCGCCAGGACCUUGAAGAACCAGCAAAAGUGGAUAAGCUACAGGAGCCAUUGCUGGAAGCACUGAAAAUUUAUAUCAGAAAGAGACGACCCAACAAGCCUCACAUGUUUCCAAAGAUCUUAAUGAAAAUCACAGAUCUUCGCAGUAUCAGUGCAAAAGGUGCAGAACGUGUCAUUACAUUGAAAAUGGAAAUCCCUGGAUCAAUGCCACCACUUAUUCAGGAGAUGUUGGAGAACUCUGAGGGACAUGAACCACUGACACCAAGCUCCAGUGGAAAUACAGCAGAGCACAGUCCUAGCAUCUCACCCCGCUCAGUGGAUAACAGCAGUGUCAGUCAAUCACCACUUUUGCAAUAAGACAUUUUACAGCUACUUUAGACAUUCCUAAUACCUUACGUACAGGGAUGAAAAAAGCAAGAAAAACAUUUUUACUGCUGCUUAGUUUCUGGACUUAAUAUAUAUAUAUAUAUAUUAUUAAAACUCAAAAAGGACCAAGACGUUUUCAUAUGUAUCAGUAUAUUACUCCUUGCUGUUUAAAUUCUUAAAACUAGAAAAUGUUUGAAACUCUAAAUCAGCCAUUUCAAUCAGCAACAAGAAACUAGUUGAGCUUCUAUUUUCUCUUCUGAACAACCAAGACUGUAUGGUGACAAGACCAAUCUCAAACUUUAAAUUCUGGUUACAUUUCUGACGACUUUGUACAUACAAAUGUAUGGCUCUACUCUCUAUACUGGAUGUUUGGUGCUUUCCUUUUUUGUCUUGCAUAUCUAAAAGGAUCAGGACAGCAAGUUUAUAAAAACUGGACUACUUGUACAUGUCCAGAUAGGAACAUUUAAAAAGACAUUCUGAUUUAGUUAGUAUGAAAAUGUGUCAUUUUUGAUACCUCAGUUUGCAUCUCUUAUUCCAUCUCCUUCCCCAUAAAAGUAUUCAAAAAAUCUGCACUAGCAGAAGGAACUUCUGUAUCAGUGUAACUACCCAAUCAGUUAUUCAGAUGUUAUUUGUUCUACUGUUAAUCUCACUUUAAAUUUUAAAAAGUGGUUUAUUACUUGGCUGAUGACAUAUCUACACAUUUUUUUAAAAAACUACAUUUUUUUUCAGUGAUAGCCUCCAAGGCAGAAACACUUUUCAGUGUUACCAUGUUUUUGUUUACUUGUUCACAAGCCAUUAGGGAAACUUCAUGGGAUAACCAACAGGCUUAUUCACUACUUUUUGAACUGGUGAGUCUAGUUUAUUUCUUUAAGAAACUGGGCCAGGAGUUUGGCUUUCCCAGCAGGCUACCACUAGGACUUCCAAAAUACAUGGGGGAGAGAAUCUGGCUUCUUGACCUUGUUAAAUCACCAUGAAUCAGAGUGAAAACAGUGGUAAACUGAUUAAAAAAGUGUCAGUUUCUUAGGUUUCAUUUAAAGCACUAGUGGAUUUUUUUUUUAUAUAUAUAUAUAUAAAUAUAUUCUAGCAAGUCUGUGAUGUACUUUCACUGGCUCUGUUUGUACAUUGAGAUUGUUUAACAAUGCUUUCUAUGUUCAUAUACUGUUUACCUUUUUCCAUGGAGUCUCCU